AUUGAAAUUUUCAGUUUCGUGGUAAUUUAUUAAGGUUUUGUUUUUUUUUAUUGAUAUUUAGUGCCCUUUUUCUGUUUAUGUGGUUCGAGUCUUGCAUCAGGCGAAGCGCAACAAUAUUUUAAAAACUAUUAAUAAUAAUGAGUAAACUUUGCAUAAAUGCAUUGCCAAAGGCGCACAAAUAUUUGAAAAACAAAUACCCCAUAACUCAGCUACAUCGCAGCAAUGUGUGCGCAUACUCUACGCUCAAGGAACCCAAGGAGCCAAUUGUGAAAACAAAAGAGAUACCUGGACCGAAAUCAAUUGAACUUAAAAAUAAACUGAACGCUGUUCAGAGUACCGGUACCGUACAAUUUUUCGCCGAUUAUGAGAAAUCAACUGGAAAUUAUGUUUGCGAUGUGGAUGGAAAUCUUUUACUGGAUGUUUAUACCCAAAUAUCGUCAGUUCCUUUGGGUUACAAUCAUCCAAAUCUCUUAAAUGUGUUCAAAAAUGAGAAUAAUUUGAAAACCCUAAUUAAUAGACCGGCAUUGGGUGUAUUUCCUGGUAAGGAAUGGCCAGAAAAACUUCAUUCGGUUUUAAAAAAUAUUGCGCCAAAGGGAUUGAAUAAAAUAACAACCAUGAUGUGCGGGUCAUGUUCGAAUGAAAAUGCCUACAAAAGCAUCUUUAUUUGGUAUCAAAAUAAGAUGAGGGGAAAUGUUGGCUUCACCGAAAAUGAGAUGAAUUCGUGCAUGAUUAAUAUGCCCCCAGGAGCACCGAAACUAAGCAUCCUUUCGUUCAAGGGUGCUUUCCACGGACGUACUCUGGGAGCAUUGUCCACGACACAUUCGAAGUAUAUACAUAAACUGGAUGUUCCAUCGUUCGAUUGGCCCAUAGCUUCGUUUCCCCAAUACAAGUAUCCUUUGGAUGAAAAUGUGGCAGAAAACAAACGAGAGGAUGAGAAGUGUCUAGCCGAAGUACAAGAUCUGAUUGAGCAAUACAAGAAGAAGGAUAUACCCGUAGCUGGUGUUGUUGUGGAGCCAAUCCAGAGUGAGGGCGGCGAUAACGAAGGCUCACCAGAAUUCUUCCGAGCCCUGCAAGGUAUUUGCAAAAAGAAUGGUGUUGCCCUUUUGAUUGAUGAGGUCCAGACAGGCGGCGGUAGCACUGGAAAGUUUUGGUGCCAUGAGCACUUCAACUUUGAGCAUCCGCCAGAUGUUGUCACAUUCAGCAAGAAAUUGCAACUGGGCGGUUAUUUCCACAAUGAUGAUUUCGCACCGAACGAACCUUAUCGCAUUUUCAACACCUGGAUGGGAGAUCCGGGUAAAAUAUUGCUUUUGGAGGAAAUAAUCAAUGUCAUAAAUGCGGAAAAACUCUUGGAAAAUGUCAAUAAGGCUGGUCCAGUAUUGAAAUCGGGUCUAUUGAGUUUGGAAAAAGAAUUCCCCAAUAUCCUAAACUCCACUCGGGGUCGUGGCACAUUCUUAGCCGUUAAUUGUGCCAAUUCCAAAGUUAGAGAUUCCAUAGUUACUAAAUUAAAGCAGAAGGGUAUUCAGACAGGCGGCUGUGGGGACAUCGCAAUCCGUUUUCGUCCAGCUUUAAUUUUCAAAGAAUAUCAUGCCAAUAUUGUUUUGGAUCGCUUGAGAAGUGUUUUGCAAUCUUUUUAAUCCAAUAAUUGCCCGUUAAUGAAUGUGCUCUGAUUAUUAAAUAAUAAAAAUAUAUAUUAAUGCAUUGAAAAAUAA